AUGCAAGCCAAAAUGGUAUGCUCUUCUGUUUGGUCGCAUUCUCGUCAGAUGAAUGGUGUUGGCUCGAGUUGGUAUUGGCAGCUUGCUCGAGGAGUCAGGGAGACGUCGUGGAACGUAACUUGUCGCGUGUCCUCUGCCAGAGCAUUCGUGAUUUCCACCACUCCACCAUCGUCUGGCUACUUUCGCAAACAUUUCGUCGACGUCGUCAAUGAGAGGCGCCAUCGUGAGCAACUUAUCAAAGUGACAUGUGAAUCCUACCCUCUGGGCCACUUUCCUGGUCAACCCUUUUGGCAUCUCUUUCGCUCAACUCUACUUUAG